AUAAUCAGAACUUAAAUACAAGACAGGUUAAUUCUGACGGCGUAGAAUAUUCUAUAUAAAUCGAAGAUAACAACGUUCCAUGUGACAAAAUACGUAUCGCCAUGAACGCUGUCGUUAGUCUUAUAAUAGUGUGUUUGGCGUUUAGUGCUCACGGUUUGCCAGCUUCGCAAAUUAUUGGCGGUAACAAUGCUCUGAACGGCUUCUAUCCUUACCAGGCAUCAUUAAGAAAUUUACAAACUAAUAUACAUUUUUGCGGUGGUACUAUCAUCAGCAAAAAUUAUAUUAUUACAGCUGGACAUUGCAUUAAACAACGUAUUCCAUCCAAUGUUCUUGUGGCUUUGGGAAGUAAUUAUCUUGACACGCCUCGUGCUGUUUAUCCAGCAGCAGCUUUCAUACAACAUCCUAAUUACAAAAAAAGUGUAAAUGAUAUCGGUUUAAUUCGUGUAUUGCAAGAUAUUGAGUUUAAUGAACUUAUUCAGCCAAUUGCUUUGCCAAUUGUCGACCGAAAUUACGACGGUUAUUCUCUUUUAGUUACUGGCUGGGGAAGACUCUGGACGGGAGGUCCGGAUCCUAAUAACUUGCAAGAAAUUGUGGUAAAAGGAUAUUCCCAAGAAAAAUGCAACCAUUACUACAAAAAUAUAAUUAUGAGAACUCAUAUAUGUACCCUUACUGUACAAGGUGAAGGAAUGUGCAACGGUGAUUCCGGUGGUCCACUUGUUGCCGAUGGUGUCCUGGUUGGUAUCGUAUCCUUCGGACAGCAUCCAUGUGGCAGCGGUUCUCCAGAUGUAUACACUCGAGUGUUUUACUACAGAGAUUGGAUCAAUUUCCAUACAGGAAUUUAUAACACGUUAUAUGAGUCUCAGUAUGCUCAAACCGUCACUAUGAUUUCUUUUACCGGUCUUAUAAUUGCGUGUGUGAUCUAUCAAAGCGCCUAUGGUUUGCCAGAUACGCAAAUCAUCGGUGGCAGCAAUGCUCCGGAUGGCAUAUAUACUUACCAAGCGUCAUUGAGACGUACGAAUACUAAAAGCCAUUUUUGUGGUGGAGCUAUCCUUAGUAAGAGAUAUGUUAUCACCGCGGCGCACUGCCUUACAAAUUUGGACGGUCCAAAGGAUGUUCUGGUCGCUGUUGGAAGUACUAAUCUUUAUGCGAAUAAUGCUAUAUAUGAAGCGGAAGCCUUAAUAACAUAUCCUGAUUACGUACCCAUAGUAAAACCCAACCACUCUUUACAUGACAUUGGUUUAAUUAAACUAAAGAAAGACAUCGCUUUCAAUUCAAAUACUAAUGCGAUAAAGUUAAUAACUUACAAUCGAGAUUUUAGUGGUUAUAAGUUUACAGUCACUGGCUGGGGAGAGAUAGCGCCUAACUGGAGUCCAAUGUACUUGCAACAUAUUAAUGUGACGGGAUUGAAUCAAACAAAGUGCGGUACUUUUUAUAAUAAUAUCACUGACGGUCACAUAUGCACCCAAGAAGCAUAUGGUAAAGGAAUGUGCCAUGGUGAUUCCGGUGGUCCACUCGUCUACGAAAAACGUCUAGUUGGCCUCGUAUCCUUUGGUGUACCAUGUGCUCAAGGUUUUCCAGAUGUGUACACCAGGGUGUACCAUUACACAUCAUGGAUUAAUAAAAAUGUUAAUGCAGGCAGUAACCAACAAUUGAACAUCAUUCUUGGACUGUUUCUGACGUAUCUGAGUAUACAUUCAUUUUUAUAAAUG